AUGCACGCUGCCUUGGCUGAGAGGGAAGGCCUGCUGGAGGCUGCUGCAGCGGAGGAGCCUCGGGACACGGAGGAGCAUGGGGGAGUGGAGGAGCUUGUGGAAGUGGAGGAGCAUAUUGAAAAGGUGGAGCAUGGGGGAAUGGAGGAGGAUAAGGGUAUUGGGGGUGCAGAUGUGGAGGAACAUGGGGAAAUGGAGGUGGGUAAUGUAAAUGAGGAGCUUGCUGGAGAGGAGGAGCUGGUCCAUAUUGUGAAGGGAAAGUGGGAGGUGGUGGAUGAGGCACAGGUUGGCUGGGUCCUGCAACAUUUCGCUGGCGGGGGAAAGCUUCUCCCUCACGAUUCUCAGGCUCUUCAAAAGUCAUCUCCUGAGCAUGUGGUUCAGGGGCAGCAGGGAGAGUGCUCACUGAAGGCAGAGGCUCCUUGGCCUGGUGCAGCUGUUUUGGAAGAACAGUGCCCUGCAGAAGCAUGUCCCUGUCCUUCCUCUUGUCCCUCCUGA